ACGAAAUGAGCAAUAUUGUGGUCACAAAGUCUUCACCGUUGUUGGUCGGCCCGUCGGAACCGGGGACGCCGACCGGCAGCACUCGCCUCUCAUGGUUCGAUGAGCUUAGUGGCUCCUCGCCAGUAUCCUUACUCCUGGUGUUUGAUAAGCCAAUCGCCAACCCUGCAGAGACCAUCAGGAGAGCCCUGUCGCGAGCACUGGUGCACUACUAUCCAAUCUCCGGUCGCCUUGCAGCUGGGUCUGCUGACGGCGACGAGGUCGUCACAUACACCGGCGAGGGCCAGGGCGUGCUGUUCGUGGGUGCGUCGGCCAGCUGCGCCGUCGACGACGAGGCGAUGUCGGCAGCGCCGCUGCUCAGCGAUCUCUACGCUCACUACCCUGACGAGCUCUGCCCCAGCCACACCGACCCGUUGCUGCUGAUGCAGGUGACGGAGUUCUCCUGCGGCGGGUUCGCCGUGGGUGUUACGUGGAACCACAUCUUCGCCGACGGAACUGGGAUCGGGCAGCUCUUGCAGGCCAUCGGAGAGCUCGCCCGUGGCAUGCCGCUGCCGUCCGUUGCUCCGGUGCGAUGGGACGAGUCGGUGAUGACAGCCCGCCCGCGAGUGCUGACUCUUGCGGACGUGGAAUUUCUCACGGACGAGGACGACAUGGUCUUCCUCGACCUGACUAUCCCCCCGAGCUUGAUCGGCCGCGUCAAAGCCGAGGCUGGCUCCGACUCCGAGCGCUGCACGGUGUUCGAGGCUGUCGUCGCCGUGCUUUGGCAGUGCCGUGCUCGGGCAGUCAGUGUCCCCGAGGGACACGCUGCUACAUCGCUCAUGUUCGGGAGCAACGCGCGUGGGCUCGUCGGCGCGGCGGAGGGCUACUACGGCAACUGCUACAUCUCGGAGUCAGUCCAGGCGACGAGCGCCCAUGUGGCGAACAGCGACACCAAGGACGUGGUGAAGCUCAUCAAGGCCACCAAGCAGAAGCUGCGAGGCGCGAUGACCAAAAACGAUGACGACGACGGGGUGAACUCAGUGCAGCAGCAGCGGUUAAGCGCAUACAACACGCUCGGCGUGUCAAGCUGGCGGAACAUUGGGCUCGACGCGGCGGAUUUUGGCGGCGGGAGGCCGUCACGAGUUGUGUUGUACGCGAUGCAGGAUAUCGUGCCGUUCUUCGUCCUGUGCCCGCCGUGCAAAGGGAAGGAUGGCGUCAACGUGUUGUCGCGGAUGCUGAAAAAGGAGCAUGUGGAUGCUUUCUUGCACGAGUUGGAGGCACUGACGUCUACUGGUUGUCAAAGCGGUGAGUAAUUAGUAAAUGUCCUUUGCAUUGAUGUUGCCGUACCGGUACCUACUGUCCGUGAACAUGAAUGGUAAAAAUGAAGGGAGGACAUGAAGAUGGUUGU